UUUUUUUUUUUUUUUUUUUUUUUGUACAUAGCUCCCUUUUUUAUGAAAAAAGAAGAAAGAAAAAAAUUACAUGGAAAGCACAAGCUUAAAUAAUAAAGCAAGGGAAAAUACGCUCCUUUUAACAAAACCCUCGCCUCAUUCAAAUGCCAUCAAAGUAGCGAUAAUGAAACAAUGUCUAGCCAAGAAGAGACGCCAACAGCAACUACAUAAUGCCCAUGUAGGGGGCUUACCUUCACCGCCGGUCGAACGAGAAGAACCUGAAGAGGAAACCAAGGUAACGCCGGAACCCCCAGUGGUUGCCGUGCCCACCAGUUUUGAAAUACGAGCCAAGAUCCAGCGAUUAACAGAUGAGAAACACCGGUUGUUUCAAAUGCUUCGACAAUUAAUGUUGCAAGAAGAAUUGCAAAAAAAGAAACAACAACAACAACAACAACAACAACAACAACAGCAACAACAACAGCAACAACAACAACAGCAGAAACAGAAACAGCAGCAGAAACAACAGCAACAAAAAAAGAAGAGUAGGUGGGCUCCUCCUUCUUCUUCAGACAACAAUCAAUCCUCAUAUUUUUAUCCUCGACCACGAUAUCAACCCUAUCAACAGCAACGACCCCACUAUUCCGUAUCACGAACUCCUUUCUCUGGAUGAAACGCUCCUUUUUAAUUAUUAAUACAGUGCGGCUGGUAAAUAUUGUCACUUUGUGAAAAAUAAAUAUCGCUAAGCCGAAAACAAAUGUCAGUUAUGGAUUUCUAGUUGCCAGUUUGAGCAAAAGUAAUUAUCGCUUUCAAAAACCAUAUUUCCCAUUUCCAAAAACCAUAAUGUCCACUUAGCGGUUUUUUAUAGCAGAGGAACUACAAAAGCCAUACAUAUCACUAACUUAUGACAUGAAUUAACGAUACACCUUUACCUUUGACACUAGUCCUUUACAAUGACUUGACCAUC